AUGGUACGAUUUGAAGAAAAGAGUCAAAAAACCAUUGAAAAAAGGUUUCAGAACGGUGUUCCGGUUCAAAAGCCGAGAAAAGUAACGAUCGGAAAGGGAAAGGUUACAGACGAAAGCAACACAUUUCAGGGUUGGGCAGCUUUCGCCGACGCCUGGGGGCAAAAGUCUCGCGGAACGAUAAAGAGACCAGCCGACGGGGGGAGAGUGUGCGGAUCUUGGAGGUCGCAGACGACGAGAGAAGAUCAGCCCUACAAGGAGAUGAAGCCGCGCGGAAGAUCCCAGCUGUGGAAGCGCGACGUCUUCCGAUUGAUUAACACUUUCUAUUUUUUCGACUUUUUUUUAGAUGAAUGAACUGAUUUUUAGACUUGUUAUGAUAAAAAGAUAAAUUUGGAGAAGCUUCUCCUCAAAUUCGACUAGAUCAAAAUUGAAAAAUUGAGUAAGUGAGCUUAAAAUAGUUCAAAAAAGUAAAGUGAAAGAUUCAUAACACGGCGAAACGUCAUUUCGACACAAAAGUGAGGCUGACACACGUUUCCCGUUUCAAGAAGAUCGUCUGCCUUGUUGAUCGUCUACUCGAUUGUUCUGGUUUUCCUGGUUUCGUACAAAAAACGGAACAUUGCACCUUUCUCAAUCAACUAUCAAGAAUCGCAGAAAUGUAAAGGCAAAAAUUAAAUUUUUGAUUUUUUUUUUUGCUCACUAAAGGGUUCCCUAAUCUGUUAUACGUGUUAGGUGGACUAAAAAUUUCAAAUUAAUAAUUUUUUUAUAUCACAAUGUUGAGAAAAAAAUCAACUUUGGAGGUAGUUUUUUUCGAAAAUUACGAAGUAUUUUUGAGUUGAAGUCUUCAAAACUACCACGUAGUUCUUCCAAAAAAAGUUUUUUUGAUAAAUUUUAAAAAAACUUCGAAGUCUCAAAAAGAAAAAAACUUUAUUCAGAAGAAAAUCAACUGUUCUGAAUUCCGUGUUAAAAGUGAUUCUGCGAAACUCAAAGUAACCGUCAGAGAGUGAGAAAGAUAACUAAAUUUUGGAGAGUCAAACUUUCUUUUUUAGAUCUCCCGGAAAUGGCAUGUUCUAA